CAGUGUACCAGUGCACAGAAAAACUAAUUGAGAUGUCUGCUGUCAGCCCUUUUCUGUGGCUAUUGAGCUGCUUUCCACUGCUCUGCCCUGGUGAAAAGUCUGUCAUAUCUGAAAAAAACAUCCCAAACCUUCCAAAUUAAGGACUAUGAAGACAGUUCCAGCAGAAACACUGACUUUCCUGCUUCACUUCCUCGCUCUUUUUUCCUCUUCUGUAUAGACAGGAUUUGGAGAAGCUGAGCAGACUGAACAGUAUCCAAUUUUGAGCCCAGACGUGUGCAGUGGGUCAUGGAGGUGAAGCCUUGGAGAUGACAGACCCUGUUGCCCAGCUGUCUUCGAGACGGUGAGGUGGUGCUCCGACAGUCCUCGUGUUUCAGGGCAAGGAGCUCAGGAUGGGCAUUCGGCAAACCCUCACCUCCGCCUGGAGCCGCUGCAGUGCAGACAGGUCUACCUGUUUCUUCAGAAAACCAUGGCAGGUCACCAUCCUCCAGAGACUCCUGGUGCCCCUGGUGCACUGUGGCGCCGUCCUGCUGGCUGUAUUGGUCUACUCCCUGGGCAGCACACUGUAUGACUUUCUGACCCGUCUCUUCAUUUCUCAGUAUCGCUACCCCUAUCUGGCUCCUCUCGCACUGGCACAGGUGCUGCUGACUCUGCUGUGCACUGUGGCCCUGCGGGCCCUGGGCUGUGUCACACUGCAGCCCUACUCCCUGCAGCUGGGCGAGAGGCUGCUGGUGCCCUCCAUCUGUAGCAGCCUCCAGGCUGUGCUGGGGCUGUGGGCAGAGGCCAACGCCCCCUCCGACCUGUUCGUCUUCAUGCUGCAGCUGCUGCCCCUGGCGUCCGCAGGCUGGAGCCAUGUCCUGGGUCUGACAAAGCCACCUUCCCCCCGCAUCACUGCCCUGGUGACUGCUGUCACGCUCUCAGCGCUGAUCAGCACAGGGAUGCACGGAUCGUUCACCUGGAAGCCACUGGUGUAUCUCUAUGCCCCUCUCAGCCUGCUGCUGCACAGCCUGUGCCUGAGCUGGCUGGCCAAGGUGGGUGAGCUGCAGCGACGGCACGCAGGCGGCCAGACCUCGCCCUUGGAUCUCUACUACACCCUUUCUGUCAACAGCAGCCUGCUGCUGGGCUUCCUGUGCCUGCUGCUGCCCAAUGCUGGCCAAGCCUUUAGCCGAGGCAGCUGGCACAGUCUGAUCUUCCUGGGGUACCUGCUGGGUAUGACAGUCCUGGGAGCACUGCAGCACCUCUUCUUAGCUCUUGCCACACUGUACAGCUCCCCACUUGCUGCUGCCCUCCUGCACGCCGCCAAAGACUUGGCUCUGUUAUUCUAUAGCCUGCUACUGUUUUGAAGCCAGGGGAAUAAAAGCAGAAUAUGGUUGAAACCAACAUAUUUUGUUAGCAUAUUUUUCACCAUUUGAAGAAUGGUGAAUAUUCAAUUGCAGUAAAAGUGUUGAAAAAGAAUGAAUGCAAAUCUCUACAUCACCUGUCAUGUAGACUCAAACACUAUGUAACAAAGUUAUCUAUUAAAUGUAGUCUUUACAUACCACAA